AUGGGUGAAGAAAAAUAUCCCGAAGUCGAGGGCGGUGGUUCAUUGAUACUGGCUUGGCAAAUCAAGAAUAAAAGAGUAUUAGUAGUUGGAGGUGGAGAGGUCGCAGCAGGUCGAAUCUUGAAUGUUUUAAAUGCAGAUGCAAAGGUAACUCUCGUAUCACCCCGAGAGGGUCUUAACCCAGAAGUUGCAUAUCGAGUACAAAAGGGACAAAUAGACUAUGUGGAUAGAAAGUUCGAGCCUUCAGACCUUGACAAUGUCGACAUGGUUUUGACUGCGGUCGAUGAUCCGGAAGCAUCCUCACAGAUAUGGAAGUUAUGCAAAGAAAGGAAAAUAGCAGCAAACAUUGCAGAUGUGCCACCCGAGUGUGACUUCUAUUUUGGAAGUGUUCAUCGAGACGGUCCUUUACAGAUCAUGGUUAGCACGAAUGGAAAAGGUCCACGGUUCGCCAAUAUUGUAAGGAGGCAAAUAGCUUCAAAUUUGCCAAACAAUAUUGGGGAUGGGAUAGAGAAGAUUGGAAAAUUAAGGCAAAUGCUCAGAAAAGUUGCACCAGGACCAGAAGAGGGACCAAAGAGGAUGUCAUGGAUGAUCAAAGUCAGCGACGCUUACAGUCUAGAAGACCUGUUUGAGAUGAACGAAGAAGACAUGGAAACGCUACUAAGAUUCUACGCCCCCAAUAAGGUCCCACGAUUCAAAUGUUUAAAGUCAAUGAAGGAUGAGUCGUGGGACUUGGGAUGUUUACGCCCAUUGAAAGACGAGUAUGAAGCUUUCGACGGCUCCUGGGGAUUUUCUGUAGGAUGGGGUUGA